GCGGUUACUGUCAAAUAAUAUUCCUCGUUUGAAUUUUGCGGAACUCAAUUAAUCGGUUACACGAUUGUUAACGACUCUUCCGUUCCGUUAUGAAUUGCCGUUGAAUUCCGUAUCAGAUCAAAUAAUAUUUGUUAUGAACUGAAACGCGUUUGUUGGAUCAGUCAAUUAUCGGGUAAAUGUCAAAAUCUAGAAUAGUGAAAGAACCGUUGAAUUUGAAUAUUUUCCGCAGUAGCAUGUGGCCUAGGUACGCAACGUCCACGCAUAUUUCCAUUCCCACGUUUCGACGGUCUCCGAUUUUCCCCACUUGUUGAACAACGAUAAAAGAAGUACGUUCAAGAUGAGUCCGCAAUUUUUCGAAUUACUUUUUGCCGUGGUUUGUCUGAAUUUUGUAUUCGCGAGUUCGAACCAUUCGGGGAAAAACUGCACAGACGUUGACACGGGGAGGGUUCUCUCGAGGCGGAAGAGAUACUUAAUAUUUCCACGGGGUAGCAACAUGCAAUUGGUCUACUGUCUGACCAUCGGCGCUUAUGGUAGAGAUGGAGAUCUGGUACUGGGUUUGACAGCUGCCAUGGCCUGGGAGUUACCGAGUCAAGUGGACAAGACAGCGGUCGAUCUUUUGCACCGAAGAAGCCGGAGUGUGAUGUAUCCGAAAAUUGAAGCUUUUUUAAAGGCUGCCGGACUGGAUGGUCGUUCCUGCGUACUGAGGGCACUUUGUGAAGCCGGAAAGAGGAAGAAAGAGGAUAUCGGAGAAGGGACCUUCGUGCAGGAAGUACUACACGCUGCUUUUAGCCUGCCUAAUGAUGGAUCGAAAUUCGAAUCUGUGGAACAUGAGAUUUAUGACUACGCCCACUCUGCUCGAGAAGAUUGCGCGAAGCUCUAUCCAACCUGCGAACACUCCAUUUACGAAGUCGACCUGUGAACAAUUUCGGCCUGUGUUUUUUACAACGAUCGCCUCCUCCGAACCUCGACGAUCACAGGUUGCAAAGUAACGAAGAACUUACCGCAAGGUUGAUGCACUCCACUCAAUUCAUCGAAAUUGCUGGUGACUUUUUUCAUUACAAAUCCGUUCUGCGCCGACGAGGCUUUUUUUUCCAAAAGGAAACCGAAUUUCAGUUUUAAAAAUAAUUGAUUUUUACUCGUGAUGAUUUAUGAUGUGAAUGUAUCAUAGCCGAUGUGUGAGAGUUAACAAUAAAAUUGUUUUAUUGGA